AUGUCGCAACCUUUUGGAAUAGUUUCUGAAGCCAUUCAGAUGGCAACUGCCUUCUCGGCAUGUGUUGAAGUCUUUGACUACGUCCAGCUGAGCCGUCGUUUUGGCAAGGAUUUUCAGACGAAUCAACUCAAACUGACGCUGCUGAAGCUCAGACUCUCGCGCUGGGGUGCUGCUGUCGAUGUUUACAAUGACCCUCAGCUUGGGAAUUCUUUGGCAACGAAAGACGACGUUGAGACCGCCAAGGACACCUUGCUCCAGAUCCUCUUGCUCUUCGAGGACAGUAAGACGAUCUCAGACAAAUACAAGUUGAAGGCGGGGGAAAACGAAGCAGUCGAGGGCCAACAUCCGAACGCAGACUUAACGGAAGAUAUGGCAAUUACUUCGGUGAAUAACAAGAUGAACGCUCUGGCAAUGAAGCGUAGGAAAGGCACAAACGUCCUGAAACUGGCUGCUUGGUCGAUGCAUCACAACAAGGCAGUCUCGCGGCUUGUGGAGGACAUAUCUGGGCUCAUUGAAUCGCUUGAACAGCUCUUCCCACCUCAGCCUACCAUUCAGUCUCGUCUUGUGGCACGCGAAGUCUCGGAGGCACAAGAUGAACGAGAAAUGGCAGCUUUGGCGACCUCAGCCCAAGGUAUAGAUCAAGUACUCUUUGCUGCUGCGGGACAAAAAGCUGUGCAUCAAUACAGGAAUGUCCAAAUCGAGGCAGGUGAAGACGGAUCCAUCUUUAAUGGAAACGCAUUCAGUCGUGACUAUGGUGGAGCUACACAUGCUGGCCCAGCCCAUAUGUACGAUGGCAUUACCGUCAAGGGCACGAAGAGAUUGAGGGUUCACAAUGGUAACCAAUAUGGCGGCGACGAUUUCUUUAACCGUAGUUGA